UAGUUGCCGCUGAGCAAUCUUUGCGCGCACACGGGGCUUUGCGCAUCUGGUCGUCAUCAGCAGCGGCAGCUCUUCCUGCUCAGAUGUGACUCAACCAGGGUGGGAAGAGAGCUCUUCUUCUCCUCAGAGGACUUCUCAGACACAUUUCUUUGAACGUGGCUCUGAGGCAGUGCAGGAGAAAGAAAAGCUGUCUCUUCUGGCGACCUGGUUUCCUGUUGACGCGCUCCAGUGGAUGGAUUGGCCGUAGGGUUGUUUUCACAGGAAAAACAAGCGAGGAGAGAACUUUGCCUAAGUUUGUUUGAGCUCCGUGCGGCGGAUCUGGAUGUGAACAGACCCGCCUUCUGCUCGGAAGACCCGAGUCUCUCUGGCUGGUUUGAGGAGGCGCUGCUGCGUGUGCGUUCUGCAUGCACGGAUCUAUUUGGCUCGCUUGUUUUUCUCCUUCUUCUUCUUCUUACCGCUCCGCUUUUUCCGCUGUUCCCCACUUGCGUCAUGACUUCUAGCUAUGCGCAUGUAAUGGACAGGCAAGCUACAAUAUCAAACCGCCUGGAGAGUCCGAUCACGUCUAACUUGGACAACCUUCAAGCCAAAAAGAACUUCUCGGUCAGCCACCUGUUGGAUCUGGAAGAGGCCGGGGAGAUGGUCGGGACCCAGGCGGAAGAGAGCGUCGGAGAGGCGGGGAGGAAUAUGCUGGAGUCCCCGGGGCUGACCAGCGGGAGCGACACAACCCAGCAGGAGAACGAACAGAUGAACACGGAGGAGAAGAAGAAGAGGAAGCAGCGCAGGAACAGGACCACGUUCAACAGCAGCCAGCUCCAGGCUCUGGAGAGGGUGUUUGAGAGGACACACUACCCCGAUGCCUUCGUCAGGGAGGACCUCGCCCGCCGGGUCAACCUCACCGAGGCCAGAGUCCAGGUGUGGUUUCAGAACAGGAGAGCUAAGUUCCGCAGGAACGAGCGCGCCAUGCUGGCCAGCAAAAAUGCCUCACUCCUCAAGUCCUACUCAGGAGACGUGACAGCGGUGGAGCAGCCGAUCGUACCCCGCCCCGCACCGCGCCCAAACGACUACCUGUCCUGGGGCAGCGCUGCCCCCUACAGUGCCAUGGCCACGUACCCGCCCACCUGCUCCAACACCAACACAUCCCAGGGGAUGAACAUGGCCAACAGCAUUGCCAACCUGCGGCUCAAAGCCAAGGAGUACAGCUUGAACCAGGUGCCCACGGUCAACUGAGAGGAGGAGGGGCUGGGGGCUCGCACGGGGGGGCUCUCUCCCUGGAUUGUUAAAUCUCCUCUCCUGUGUGGGGCAGCGUUGAUGAUGUGCUCCAACACCCUUAUGCAAAGUGAAGGACACCGAGCGACGGCAGGAUUUCCCCCCCUUUAUUUUCCUUGUUGUUUUUGCAAAGAGACCUCUGGACUGGAUGCUGUAGCUGCUGCAUAGUUUUCCUGGUGAUUGUGACUGAAAUGGAGGUUUUUCUUUUUAAUCUGAGACCUUGCUGCCGACACAAACUCACGCACGGAGUUCGUCCCUGGCAGUGGAGUUGGAUACACAGCAAAACUGGGAUACGCAGCGCUUCUUUCCCUUUUUAAAACCAACAAUCCAGCAGAGUUCCUCUGACAUUUAUGCAACUGUUUUUAAAGUUUUUGUUUUUUCACAUUAGUUUCCAUGUUAUACAACUGACAUGCAUUUUGAUUUCCAUGUAAUAGUCUAGUAUAAAGGAGAGGCUAAUGUAUUUCUCAAUCAAAAAUCAGUAGAUUUUCUUAAUGUCAUAUAAUAACCUUUAUUUGUAACAAAAUAAAAACUUGUAUAAUAAUAAAAUGCAAUUCAAGCAAUGCAGUGGCAUUCCCCGGGUCUCUGAUGAAAAGGAAUGGUUUUUAAACUGUGCCCUCACACAGAGUGACUGAAACCUUAGGUUUGUAACUGAUCAUUACAGAACAGUCGGACUGCUACGAUGGAGUCCGGCUUAAAAUCUGCUUCAAAAACUAUAAGAAACAAUUUUUAUCAUACCUGAGACUCUUUGGAAAGCAAGAUGAUCCUGCGCGGGUCAUAAAAGAGAGAUUUACAGCUCGAGAACAGAUUCUCCUCAAGAGAAACCUGAAGCCGGUCCUGCUUUGUUUUUUCUCCUGGUUAUUGCAACCUUAAAUUUCCAUCUUAACAACAGGAUAUUUACGAGCAGAGAAGUCCUCCCUUAACAUGGAGGGCCCCGGGGCCUCGUUUACCUCUGUGGCUGUCGUACAAGGUGUCGCUCCUCGGUCCCCUCUAACCUCUGCAUUCAGCAAGCACAUGCCGACGGCCGUAUGACACCGCGGCUGAUGUGGUGCUGCUCCAGUUGUUGUAAGACCUCGAGGAAAAUGUGCUCAGGUCUGUCACAUGAACAUGUUCCUGUGGAAAUGUUAUUAGCAGGGGUUGAUCAUUUACAACUCCCAAGGAAAGUGGAACCCCAAUUUACAUCAUUGUCAGAGACCAAAGUCCCUUCAAAAAGUUUAGGAUUUAAUUUGCUCUGGCAAUGACAAAUGUUACACACAUGUUGGAACAGUGUUUGCGACAUAUUCUAAUCCUCUUGUACUAAAUUCAUCAUAAAAGUAACAUCAAGUUCCAGAAAUUGUUUUUAAUUUUGUUGCUUGGCUUCAUUUCCUAUUCAUUGCAUUAAUGUGUUAGCCUCCUGUUUCACUUUAUUGUUAGUACUUCUACUUUUGUGCUGCUUGUAGAUGCUGGAGUUUUACUGAGGUGUGACAUUUUGAAAACUUACUUUGACCUUAUUGCUUUUAUCUCACAGUUGUUGUGUUGCA